UCGAGUUGGUGGCACACGUUCGCUACCCAUAAUCCUCACAAAAUACGCAAGCACCCAUACAUACUAAAGUGAUAAUAAAUAAUACACACGCCCACGUGCAACGCAAUACUCUGUGUACUUUAGUGUAAACAAAUUAUUUUUAGUUAAUCCAUAAACCCCGCUAAAUAAACACCAAACGAAAAAUGACUUCCGACAGAUUGAGUGGAGUCGCUCCGAGUGGACCAGCCAAUGACAAUUAUGGCUCGGAAGUAACCUUAGAUAUACCACCUAAUGGUCUGUAUACAGGCAGCAGUGAUUGUAUAAUACAAGAUGAUGAUCCACAAAGUAAGCGUGGUUGUUGUGAUGCAACCGGUGAUUGGCUAAAACGUACUGCUUCGCAGGUGUUUCGCAAAAAGAUGCUCUACAAACGGUUACCAAUACUACAGUGGUUACCCAAAUACGAUCGAAAUGAUUUUGUUGGUGAUUUAGUGGCUGGUAUAACCGUCGGUUUAACUGUGAUACCUCAGGGAUUGGCUUAUGCGGGCAUAACGGGACUGGAUUUACAGUAUGGUCUCUACGGUUGCUUCUUCGGCUGUUUCAUUUACGUGCUCUUCGGCUCCAGCAAAGAUGUACCUGUUGGUCCUACCGCCAUUGCCGCACUGCUUGUCUAUCAAACUGCGCGUGGUAGCUUGGAGAAAACUAUAUUACUUACAUUCCUCACUGGCAUUAUUGAAUUGCUGAUGGGCAUACUACAGCUCGGCUUCCUCAUAGACUUUGUGUCAGGGCCGGUUAGUGCGGGUUUCACUAGUGCUGUCGCGCUCAUCAUUUUUACCUCACAACUCAAAGAUAUACUAGUCGUAAGCACAGCCGGUGAUACCUUCGUCGAUAUGUGGAUCUCAAUAAUAAACGAUAUUGAAAAUAUUAGCUGGAAUGAUGCUGCGCUGGGCAUCGGUUGUGUCUUCCUAUUGCUGGCCAUGCGUGCUAUGACUAUGGUAAAGAUCGGUCCCAAAGAAGGCAAAAAAUGUUGGCAAAGUGUACUUGAGAAGAUCAUCUGGCUGAUCGGUACAUCGCGUAAUGCUGUGCUUGUCAUACUCGUGGCCCUUUUGGGCUAUGUUUUGCUUAGUUCGGGCAUUGAUAUCUUUAAGAUGGUCGGCUUUGUGCCAAAGGGUUUGCCAGAAUUCAAAGUGCCGCCAUUCUCCAUGACCACCUACACCAAUUCUAGCAGCGGUGAAGUAAUUGAGACGCAUGAGAAUUUCGGUCAGAUGGUUAGCAGUCUGGGUGCUGGUUUGAUUGUGGUGCCGCUAAUAUCGUUGCUGGAGAAUACCGCCCUCGUGCAAGCUUUUGCUGAUGGCAAGCCCGUUGAUGCGAAUCAGGAACUAAUUGCCAUUGGACUUUGCAAUAUUGGCAAUUCCUUUGCGCAGGGCUUCCGUGGUAAUGGGCCGAUCGCGCGCGGCGCCGUUUUAAAUGCUAGUGGCGUUAGGACACAGCUGUCCAACCUCUAUACCGGUAUCAUUGUCAUAUUUGCUUUGCUAUGGCUUACGCCAGCCUUCUACUACAUUCCAAAAGCUGCUUUAGCUGCCAUCAUCCUGGCUGCAGUGAUCUUCAUGAUACAAUAUCGCGUAAUCAAGCCAAUGUGGAGAAGCAAAAAAACUGAUCUCAUCCCUGGUAUCAGCGCUUUUAUUGCUUGUCUUUUGUUACCGCUGCAGAUCGGCAUACUUGUUGGCAUAGGCGUCAAUAUUGUUUUCAUUCUGUACAGCGCAGCGCGUCCUAAAUUGCGCAUCGAAACCGCAACUACUUCGAAUGGCAUCAAAUAUCUCAUGCUUACACCCGAUCGCUGUCUCAUCUUCCCAUCGGUUGAGUUCGUGCGCAACGUAAUCAACAAACAAGGUCGCAAAUCUACGCUGCCGGUAGUGAUUGACUGCACCUACAUCUAUGGUGCGGAUUUCACAGCUGCCAAGGUGGUCUCACUGCUAAUUAAUGAUUUCGAGGCGCGCAAUCAAAAGCUCUACUUCUAUAAUUUACAAUCCCGCGUCGGGCAGGUGUUUGAGGGCCUCAACAAAGGGCUGAUUGUUAUAUACGAUGCUGAACAUUUGGAAUUGGAGCUUUCUGGCAAAGAAAAUUGAGCGAGGCAGUUGUUUGUGUUGCAAAUUAACUCUAAUCGCUGAUACGGAAAACUAUGACUAAAUCGAAUGAAUAUGUGAAAUAGUGAAAGUGUGAUAUAAGGUUGUUACUUAAGAGAACAGGGCAAAUGUGUAUGUUUUAAUAGCUAAAUGCUGGUACUUAAGAAUUAAUUUUGAAACAAAUACUUACACACUAUGUACAUGGAUAUUUUGAUAUUCAAUAGUUGAGUGUAAAAUACUUUUUCUCAUAUCAAAUCAAAUGUUUUAGCUUUUAUUUAAAACUGCUGAACAAAAGACUUGUUAUCGAAAAUACAUUUUUGGUCCUUCAACUGUAUAUAAAUACAUAUCCGUUACCUUAAUAUAGAAAG